AUGUCUGCUCGCAAGCCUCGGAGCGACGCGGCCCGUGGCGGCAUCGACACCUUUUCCUCACCAUGCUACACAAUACCCUGGCAGCCCAAGAAAAAGGCAAAGCGUGCCUCGAGCAAGGCUGCGCUCGACGACUCCAGCGAGCCUCCGUUCCCUAUCCUCGCAGAAUUUGAGGCCGACAGCGACCCGGCUUACGUCCGAUACAACUCCUACUGCAUCGCAGUACAGAGGACCGAGGCGCUCUUCGAGAAAUGCAUGGACCUCGUCUACACGCCCCUCUUUGAGGAUCUCAAAUCCUUCUUCCAUACCGACUCGGGCUCCAGCAACCCCAACGCCCAUCCCGUCUUGGCAGGCACCGCAAUCGCAAAUCAAGAUCUCUUCCUUCCUGGAUUUGAAACCUUGCGCUCCGACAAUCACGGCACUGUCCACCAAGAUGGGCCCUCAAGCAGCAUCCAGACGGCCCUGCUCAUAUCCACAUCGGCUCCCUCUCUCUCCUCCUUCUCCGGGCGUCUUGUCUCCGAGAUCUCCGAUGCCAGCAACGAUGGCGCACAAAGCAUCGUCGUCACUCUCUCAGCCAGCGAAUGCUCCAACCUCUACACUGCUCUUCGCCUCGUCGUCGCACGCUUCAUAGCACAAGGAUCGACCAUGCCUGCACAUCCGGCCUCGGACGCUCAUGCACCAUCUCUCGCCGAAAUCGAAGCAGCCGCAUUCGCCGGCAAGGUCGAACCCGACCUUCACGUCCUCGCCCUCUGGUGGAGCCGCAAGUUCGGCUCGUCGCAUCGCGCUCCCAGACUGGUGGUUAAUCUACCCAUGAUCGAGUCCAUCGAGCCGACGGUGCUUUCGGAUCUCUUGUCGUCCCUGCAGACCUUUGUCGCCGAGCCUUGCAAAACUGCAUCCGCCUCCACAGACCCAGCUGAUUCCCCCCCGUCGCGACCGCAGCUCUUGCUCGUGCUCGGCAUCACAUCACCCUCGGGAGGUCUUGCCGCUGCCUCCGCCGGGACCUCCGCCAAUGCAGCCGCAACAGCAGCCCCUGCCCCGUGGAUCGAAUUCAUCCCGCGACAGGUGCUGCGCGUCCUCGAUAUCUCGCGCUUCUCGUUGCCCAGCAAGGAGAUCGUCUGGUCUCGCCUUGUCCAGUCCUUCUUGACCUCCCGCGAGCUCCCGCUUUCCCUGGGCGCGUCGACUUUCGAGUACAUCCGCGAGACGUACUGGGAGAGGGACGCCGAUCUCGAUGCCGUGCUCGACGCCGUGCGACUGGCGUGCUUUAUGCACUUUUCCGGCAAGCCCGAAUCGGUCUUUACCAUCCCAGGCGAGGCGAGCAAGAUCCGCUUCUUCAGUUGGACGCCAAAGAUGGUCGAGAGGAUCAAGAUCGCCUUUCUCACCACCGCCGAGUCUGGCGACCUCGUCCUGCCACUGCUCGGCGCAUCUUCUGGCUCGUCCGAUCUCGACGUCGAUGAGUUCCUGCAGGAAGCUGCGCGCUCGGACCAAUUCAUCCUCGGCAAGUUGGACCAGCUCCACCAUCCGCGCGACUUGCUGUGCUACCGCAUCGAGUUUGCCAUUCGCUUCCUGUCGCGUGCAUUCGAGGCGCUGCAGCGCAUUCAGAAUCAAGCAAAUACAGCCGCGCAGGCGAUGCAUGCUCGUACUCUCACUGCUGCUUCGCAGCAAGCGGCCGAGAUCGACGAACAGCGCCAGCUCGAGCGCGCCAGCGAGAUCCUCACCCAGGUCGUCAUGCAGUGUCUCAACGCAUCUGUCGGCUCGCUCGAAGCCGACCAUCGCCCUCCGGCUAUCUUGACGCUGCGAAAUGGCCUGGCCAGGCUCUGCAAUGCUGCACGUCGGCUGCUGUCGGACGAAUUCGAGACGCUUCUCGACGAUAUGGUCGGCGCGGCCGAGGACGAAGCGCGCGCGAUCGAAGACAGCGUUGCUGAAAGCAUCGACAUGGCUGAAUCGGACCACGCUGGUCAGUCGAGACAGCUUCGCACUGCCAGCGAGGCGAUUGCCGCUCACAGCGCGAAAUUCUUGGCGGGAAUGCGCACGUUCCAGCAGCGGCUAUCGCAGACGCUGGCGGCGGGCAGCGCUGGUGUGGAAGAAGACGACGAUGCUGAUGUCGGUGCUGCAUCGGCUUCGGGUGGCGCAAGUGCGCAGGCCGCCAAGCAGCGUCGCGAGGCGCGGCUGCAGCGCGUACAGCGCAAGCUGCUCAUGGAGGAAAAGCUGCUGGGCCUCAAGCGCGAAAUCACCGACUGGAUCGUCGCUUCCGUUCAGGAGCUGGUCGACUGGAGGCAGAUCGGUCGCGAGCUGUCCGGCCUCGACAACGGACCACUGCAACUGCUCAAGGACAUCUUUUGGGUCGACUGCUACGGUCCACUGUCCACGUUGCUGGAUCCAUCGACGCGUGCGGGGGUCACGCUGCCAUUGACUGCACCCGGCGAGUUUGUCGAGAGCCUGUACGAUGCCGCGCUCAGCGUGGUACCCGAGGAAGAGCUGGACGAUAUCGACAUCGAAGGCCUCCAGUCCUCACAGACCCCCGACGUGUGUCGACUGUACAAACUCUACGGCGAGUGCGGCAAGUUUGUCAAUCUCGCCGACUGGUUCGACGCGUUCAAGCAGACCGUCCAAUCCGACGAGGCGACCAGGACAGGCAAGCAGGACCUUGCACGCGAGCAGUCAGCCACGGACUCGACUGCUAACCAAGGCGAAGCGAAUGUCGACGCCAACGAGGUAGAUACACCUUCCACGCCUUCGAAGCGACGCAGUCCGAGCAAACGAACCGUCCAACUGGCCGAUGCGGACGAGUACGAUCCCGACCUACUCGACACGCCGUCGAGGAAGCGCUCGCGUUUCGCCGAACCCAUACAACCCGAUGAUGAGGCCGAGGAGGCGCCUGGGAGCGAGACGGAUCUGCAGUGCCGAUUCGCCUUGGCCCUCAACCAGCUUGCGCGCAUGGGCAUGAUCCGAGGCACCAAACGCCGCAACGAACACAUCACAAAGGUCCUCUGGGACCUCGUUCCCGAUACCUUUUGA